AUGGAGGAGAUAUUAGUUAUUUGUAUGUUACUUUCCGGUUUCGUAUUUGGUGCGGAUGAAGUGUUACAAUUAAAUCAAGGAAAGUUGACUGGUAGUAGUUUGAAAACAAGAAAUGGACGAGAAUUCAAAGCUUUUCAGGGAAUACCCUACGCCAAACCACCUACCGGGGAUCUUAGGUUUAAGGAUCCAGUACCAGCAGAUCCGUGGAUAGGUAUUUUAAAUGCUACUACCGAGCCACAAGUGUGUAUUCAGAGGAACUUGUUUUACUAUCAACAAGCGGAUAUCCUUGUCGGUUCAGAAGACUGUCUAUAUCUCAAUGUGUACACUCCAAAAAUACCAAAAAAGGGUGAUAGAAAAUUACUUCCAGUCAUGUUUUGGAUUGCCGGUGGAGGUUAUUUUUCGGGUUCGGGAGGUUUAAGUUUAUAUGGUCCUCAAUAUUUGUUAGACAAAGAUAUAGUUCUAGUUACCAUGAAUUACAGACUGGGAAUUCUAGGUUUUAUAAGUACUGAAAACGAUGACUUGCCGGGUAAUUAUGGUAUGAAAGACCAAGUUUUAGCACUACAAUGGGUAAAAAAAAAUAUUGAUAAAUUUGGUGGAAAUCGAAAAAAAGUUACAUUAUUUGGACAAAGUGCAGGAAGUGCUUCCGUUGGUUUACAUUUGUUAUCACCAAUGAGCAAAGGUUUGUUCCACAAAGCAAUCAUGGAAAGUGCAACGCCAUUAAACCUUUGGGGUGUAUCUCCACCAGGAUGGGCCCAACGAAGAGCUUCUGCUAUUUCGACUAUUGCUGGGUGCCCCGAAGAACCAAGACAAAUGGUUAAAUGUUUAAAAGAAGUACCUGCGAAAGUUUUAGUGAACUUAUAUAACAGUUUAUUUGAAUGGAGAAUUUAUCCAAUAAUUAAUUUCAUGCCUGUUGCUGAAAACUGUAAUAAAAAAAAAGAAUCGUUUUUAUGUAAAUAUCCUUUACUGGACUUUAAACAAAUAUCAAAAGUUCCAGUUUUAAUGGGAAUGAACUCUGGAGAGGGUGGUCUUUUUGCCUCUAAAAUGUACAACGCAACUGGUCUUGUGUAUACUGAGCUGAAAGAUGAUUUUGAUCAUUACGUAUCGUCAUUUUUAGAGUAUAGAUAUACGACAAAGUAUUCAGAUAUUCCAAUAAUUGGAGACAAGAUAUAUGAACGAUAUUUCCCCGACGGUACUUUGAAUAAUCCAUUGGACGCUGUUAAAAUGAUUUCUGGUGGUUUAUUUAUACAAGGUAUCUUAAAAAUGGCAAUCGAGCUAUCACGACCGGUGUAUUAUUACAUUUACGAUCAUUUGAACUAUAUAUCGUUUAAUUCGGUAUAUGGACCAUAUCCAUUUCCAAAAAAAUUAGGGGUAACGCACGCUGACGAAGUAACCAGUUUAUUUUAUACGACUGAACGUGGCGACCUACAGGGAGAGGACCUCAGUGUAUCAAAUCUAAUGGUGAACAUAUGGACAAAUUUCGCAAUUACCGAUGCAAUCACAAUUGAUGGUACCAAAAAGGGAAAAAAAUGGCCGAAAUUUAACACCAAAAAAUAUGAAUUUGUUUUGAUUAAUACAAGUAUUCCUUUAAUUAAAGAGAGGCCGUAUGUUGAUGAAUACGAAUUUUGGAAUAGUUUGCCACUGUUGUCUGGAUUGAAUGAAGCCCGAGCAUCAUAUAAAACUGAACUUUGA